AUGUCCGGACGCGGAAAACAGGGAGGCAAGGCCCGCGCUAAGGCCAAGUCGCGCUCGUCCCGCGCGGGCCUGCAGUUCCCGGUGGGCCGCGUGCACCGGCUGCUGCGCAAAGGCAACUACGCCGAGCGGGUCGGGGCCGGCGCGCCCGUCUACAUGGCGGCGGUGCUGGAGUACCUGACCGCGGAGAUCCUGGAGCUGGCGGGCAACGCGGCCCGAGACAACAAGAAGACGCGCAUCAUCCCCCGCCAUUUGCAACUGGCCGUGAGAAAUGACGAAGAGCUCAACAAGUUACUUGGGGGUGUUACCAUUGCCCAAGGCGGCGUCUUACCCAAUAUCCAGGCCGUCUUGUUGCCCAAGAAAACGGAGAGUCAUAAGCCUGGCAAAAACAAGUAAUUAAAACGCUUGUCACCACCCGCCCCACUUACCCCCCAAAGGCUCUUUUAAGAG